ACUCGGCUGCAGAGCGAGUCUCUCCGAGGGGCAAAGCGAGGGAAGAGGCGCAGUGAAAAUAAGAGGAGGGGGGCUCUUGUGUUUCACAUCAGAGGAGCACAGUGUGGGGAAAAACGGUCUGAAAGCGAGGAGAAGGUGUCAGGUACCUAAAGCAGAGGGGAAAAAAACAGAAGAGCCGCUUCUCUUGUAUCGGAAAAUGGAGCUACCCGCCGCGGGAGAGCACGUCUUUGCGGUGGAGAGCAUCGAGAAGAAGCGCAGCAGAAAGGGGAGGGUUGAGUAUCUGGUCAAGUGGCGGGGAUGGUCUCCAAAAUACAACACUUGGGAACCAGAGGAAAACAUUUUGGACCCCAGACUGCUUGAUGCUUUCCAAGACAGAGAACGUCAAGAGCAGAUGAUGGGAUAUCGCAAGAGAGGACCCAAGCCCAAGCACCUACUGGUUCAGGUCCCCUCAUUUGCCCGAAGAUCCAAUAUUCUGGCCGACCUUCAUGAGGUGUCUCUGGACGAGGACAGCUGUCAGAAGUCCAACCCUAUCCAAAUGCUCCGUCCCCAGGGCCAGCAGUACCAGCUGAACAGCAAGAAGCACCACCAGUACCAGCCACUGAGCAGGGAGCGUGAUGCCGAGCAGCAGACCAACGGCAAGAAGUUCUACUAUCAACUCAACAGCAAGAAGCACCACCACUACCAGCCGGACUUCAUGGUGCAUGAGCCCAUCUUUGCUAAGCCCCGAGACAUCAAAGCCCCAGAGCUGCCCAACCAAGGGCACAAUGUUCCUCCAGUAGUGCAGCAAAAGUGGUUUCGGGACAAAGACUCAGGCUGCCUGACCAAAGUGAAGGAUAUCACUAUGGAGCUGAAGAAACUUCCAGCUGACCUCAACGGGCAUAAAGAGCCAGAGAAGGUAAAACCCAAAGAGGAUGCUUUGCCACAAUCUAAUGGUGUUAGCAGCAGCAAGCUAAAGAUAGUGAAGAACAAAAACAAGAACGGACGGAUUGUUAUUGUCAUGAGCAAGUACAUGGAAAACGGGAUGCAAGCAGCUAAAAUUAAAAAUGGUGAUUCUGAAACUGCUGAAAAGCCGCCGCAAGGAACGGACAACAGCGCAGAGAACAACCUCGAAAAGAUGAAACUUGUCAAGAAGCUCAGCCUCAUGAAUGGAUUUACAAAAAACCCCAAAGACAAACCAACUGUUCCAAAUUCUGGAUUUAACUUAGAUUGCCCCAAAGAAAAGCAACAGUCCCCCAAAAGGGAGCCAACUGUGACGGAACAGGAUAAACAUGUCGGGGUCAAGGGUCAGGGGCAGCUUCCAACGGAUCAGCCUUUACAAUUGACAACCAAGCCUAAUCUGCUCACCCUGCCUUUGGAUAGCAGAGUCCCCAUCGCUCUGGACAACAGAGGAACCCAAGGUGGAUUUCAAGGACUAAAGCGACACCUCUCUGACACGGACUGUGAAGAGCAUGGGAGCAGUAAGAGGUUUUUGAGCUCCAGGAGUAUCAGUGUUCCAAACACGGGAUCUUCACCCACCCAAAGCAUCAGCAUCGACCAAAAUGGACACAGGAGUCACAUUGGACUGCAGGUCUGUGGGUAUGCAGACCAAGAGGAGCCCAUCGACUUGAGUAUUGUCAAAUCCAGGUCUAAAGCUGCAGCUUCCACAGUGACCCAGCCUGAAAGACACACCCAAGCUGAAACUCUAACACACGGGCAAGAUGAUACAGACGCACAAGCUGAAACACAAACACAGGUGGACGCAGAAACAGACACACAGCCCCAGACUGAAACGCAAAAAGCUGCAGAGAAGGUGAAAGUUGACUCACUGUCUGUUUCUAACAACGAAAAGAAAAAGGAGGAGACGUUUCCCUCCUUCCAACCUUUCCUUGGGAAUAUAGUGAUCACAGACAUCACGACGAACUGCCUCACCGUUACCUUUAAGGAAUACGUAACAGUGUAACAGAGCUGGAUACCAACUGUGUAACUGUAUAAAUGUACAUGGGAAAUAUUUGAUUUUCAGAUGCUUGAAUGUACAAAUGAACCCUUGAUGUCGUUUUCAUUUUGUAUAGUUCAGAUAAAAGAAUUGAUCUUUUAUUGCAUUAUUUGCGUAUUUCUUCUUAUAAGCUCUACCUGUUGUUAAAUCUGGAGAUUUUAUCACACGCAGUAUCUAAUUUCAGCAAUUUCGAUCUUAGUUUAAAAAGCAAAAUUAGAUCAAAUAGAUGUUGGAACUUUAAUUGAAGAUGCACUUAACUCCUGUAAAUACUCUUCACUUUUCUAUGGAUGUAAUUUGAUUUAUACACUCAACUGUCUACAUCUCAGAUAAGGUUAAAAAUGUAGGCUAUAUGAAGAAUUUUGUAAGGAAGAAAAAUUAUAUUGACUUAUGGUAAAUUACACUGUGUCUGUCUGUGUGUGUGUGUGAGUGUGUGUGUGAUUGUGUGUGUGUGUGAUGGACAGGUUUAAACAAGGCUAUGUGCUGCUUGGACAGAUUAUGCCGUUAGACAUGCUUAAACAGGCAGAUAAAGAAAAAUAAAGCGCCUUUGUCAAUAAAUGUGAUUUGCGUUGAAAGGGAUGAGGUGGUUUUUAGAAGAUUAUUAAUGUUUCAUGUAUGCGCCUGUUAUCUGGUCUCUGUUCAAAGUGAUUUCUGACUCACGCAUCUCGAGAUCUAACAUUGAGCACAAGUCAUUUCCAUUAAGACAGUUGAUAUACAACCAUAUGAUCAUAUUUAUUUUCAUAUUUUGCAACAGUGUAGUGAAAAACUGAAAUGGCUUUUUUUUCAUUAUACUGAAUGAUAUCUGUCUCUAACCCGUGUUAUCUCUGCCAGCUGAGCUGUGUAAUCCAACAGACUAGUAUCACCAGCUCCAUGAAUCAACCUUCUCCCAUUCUCUGGCACCUUGACCUGUGUAUGAUACACAGUUAUGUGAGGAGACUAAAUGCGGUUUUCAUAAGAAGAUAUAAAAUAUUUGUGUCAUAUUUUAUUUAACUUUUCCAACAGAUUGGUAAGUAAAACUAUGUAAAAGCACAUGUUCUUGUCAUGAUCGGAUCUGUUGCCUUAUGUCACACAGGCCUCCUCUCCUUGUUGAAGAGAUCCCUUCCAGCACUAUGUGAUCUGAGGUGCAGUGAACUGUGAGAACAUUGAUGAGAUGCACUUUCGAUGUUUUAUCUGCAGACUGAAAAGUGAAGGCUUCCUAUGAUACGUUUUGCAAUAAUAAAAUUGUUUGCAGUUGA